AUGGCGACAGAACCGCGCAGGAUGUUCGUCAACUUUGUCCGCAGCUCACUUUCCGGUGUUGUCUGGGGGGCGACGCUUUUUGACUACCACGAGAACAUUGGACAGAAAACUUCCAAGCAAGAUGAGCCCCCAAGAGUUCCCAUCGAUGGCAAUAUCCUCCUUCGGUCCCAAUUUGAAUUGCAUGGAGACAUUCGAACGUAUCUGCGGAAAUGGCAGGAUACAAAUCCUAACAAUAUGGACCCAGUACGCCGAUCCGACUCCAAGAACCGGCCAUUGGAAUUACCAGGUAAAUCGAUUGGCACAAUGCCCAACGGUCGCGACACGAUCGAUGCUUGGGGUGACCCGAACAGGUACCAAGAGGCUAUGGAUAAAGAUGAAUUCGAAGGUGAACAUCUCGAGCAGGGUGACUUGAUCGCCCGGUUGAACGCAGAUGGAGUGUUCAAUUAUGGAAUCUACGUGCGGUCUGUUCACAAACAGAAGCAGUUCUACAAUGGCAAUGGAAACUGGCGCAUUUGCUCCAACGCGGAGCUCGACUACGUUAUCAAAGGAUUUGCACCUACUGAACUUGUUGAGCCUCUCACGCCAUGGUUCCCGGAUGGCGAGGCUGUCGCAAGCCAAGACAUUCAGCUGACCCCCGAGGGAGGUCUUCCGAGGCCGCUUGGUGCUCCUCUUCUGAGGAUGAUGGGUAAUUUCAAGAGUCACAUCUUGAAAUUCUAUAGAGAAAACUCCCAGAUACUGGAUAAUCUUCAUGAUACGGUGGCAGACGAUACCGAAGUUCUCCACUUGAGCCUUGAAAACUUGACAACAACUGCACUUGGCAUUGACGAAUCUGAACUGACCAGCGUCAACUUGUUUGCUGUUCAUCAAGCUGUUCGCCGGCACCCUUUCCUCAUAGAAAAAGAUGGUAGCUCCUUGUUCAGUCGGAUGUAUAUUGUGCAGCCAAAACGGAUCGCCAACAUUGUCAAACAAGUCAUUGACUGGACUCAUGAACACCAAGAACAAUGUGUUCGAGCCACAAUGCGCAAAGAUACCCCAGGGUUUAAAGACCACCCAAUGCACCGAUUUAUCACUAAAGCACAGCGGUUGAUUCGCCUUAGCAGAAGGCUCCGCUCUCCGACUAUUAUGUCCAGCGUGGGUCCAUCCUCUAACAGGUAUUCGCCUGGUCAGGAUGGAAACCCAUUGGUAUUCCGUGAACUCUCCACCGAGAAGUUCAGUGCAGAUGACCAAAUGAUCAUUGAAUAUUUGCAGCUGUACUCGGUUCCUGCCAUUGUCAUGCCGUCAGGCACCUUGAGAUCCACAGCAACACAUAUCAUGCGUGCCACGGGUAUGUACAAUACUCUUGGUCUGAGUGAGGCUUCAACACGUCUUUUAUUGCAAGAGAUCGGCAUCAUAGCGCCUUGGGAGAACCUUCUACCUCUUGACCAGUAUCUGAUGCUUCCUGGGCAUGGCAUUUCCCUCGCAAAGGACAUGGAGUUGGAAGAGAUUGAUGAAUCUUGCUCUAAACUUACUGCUGAUCAGCUGCAGGAUUCUAUGCGACACCUGAGAAAAGAUUGGGGAGAUAUGCCAGUCUACUGUGUGGACGAUGUGACGGCGCAAGAAAUUGAUGACGGCAUAUCGCUGGAGCCCAUCCCAGGAUCUCGUAAUACAUUCUGGGUGCAUGUCCACGUCGCGAACCCAACAGCCUUCAUUAAGCAUGACAACCCCAUCAUCCAGUAUGCAGCCUCACGACUCUUCACCACCUACAUCCCGGAACGCACUUAUCCCAUGCUUCCCAAAGCUCUCACGGAGCCCCACUUCAGUUUGGCAGCUGGUCGGCCAGUACUCACGUUUAGUGCGAAGAUGAAUCUUCGAGGGGAGAUUUUGGAUAGUGAGAUCAAAAACGGGACAAUUCACAAUGUCAUCAAUCUCACUCACAAAACACUGCGCGACUUUUUUGACCCCGAUUCCGAAGAACAGUUGGAAUCCUUCACCGUAGGAGGCAACUUCACCGAACCACCAAUGCCACACGGCAAAAGAAUCCAAGAAAGCCUGCGGCCCGAGGAUAAAGAUCGAUUCCACAUCAUGCGUCAACUUAUGCUCGCGUUCCGCCAAACCCGCAGACGGAAUGGCGCCAUGGACCUCACCCCUCUUAGCCCAGAGCUUUCGGUCUCAGUCCAGUCUGGCGAUGCCCCGAUGCCGCCAUACGAUUUACAAUCCAUAACUGGACGCCACUAUCUCGGUGACCCAGUCAUCCGGCUCAAUGUGCACUCACAUAAUCCAUACGACGUUCGUGAUCAAUCGCGGGACAAUUUGAUCUCCCUGAUCAUGAAUUUAGCCGGGCACGUCUCUGGGCAGUUCUGUGCCGCACGCAAUAUCCCCGUUGUCUACGACGGCACCUGGUACGACCCGGAGUACGGACGCGUAACCAACAAAAACUUGGCCCAUUUCGGCGGUGAGGGCUUCUAUGAGCUCAGCGCACCGUUGGCCUACUCUUCCUCAACCCCAACCAAGCACGAAACCCUUGGCUUGGAUACGUACGUCAAGAGCACCAGUCCGCUGCGCAGAUAUACAGAUGUUAUUGCGCAUUACCAGAUUGAGGCAACACUGCGGUUCGAGCAUGAACACGGCCGUCAGUUUGACGCUCUUGUUGAUAGUCCUGAUCCUGCAGAAUUCGAUCUGGUUGAGACGGAUCCAACAGCGGCAGAUCCAGCAGAGGCAGCCACUGAAAUCACCACCAAUGACACAUACACCCCUCCCACCUCUCCCCUCCCCUUCUCCAAAUCCGACAUUGACGCCCACCUCAUCUACUCCCAGCCCCUGCGCACACGUCUCAGAAAUCUUGACAGAUACUCCAGACAGCACUGGGCCUGUAUGCUCCUCUUCCGUGCAUUCUAUUUCUCUGAGUGCAAUCUCCCCGUCACCUUCCCGUGUCUGCUACGCACCCCACGCACCAAGCCUAGACAUCUGGACGAGGAGUAUUCCGGCGUCAUCACCAGUCUUGGCGUGAACUGCUCGGUCACCAUCCCCCAGGAUUUCCCAGAUAAAGAUAAGCUGGAUAUCUUCUGCAUGGUUGAAGCCCAUAUCACUGCUAUCGAUAUGGCGACUCUACAGGUGACUAUGGAGGCGACUGGGUUUGUGAAGCCAUUUGAGAGGAAGGGUGAAUGGGCUUGA